GGUCCCGCCUCCCUCCCUUGUAGGAAGCGGCUGCUAAGAAGUGUCUUCGGCUGGCUGGCUGCUGCUGCUGCUGCGCGGCCGGUCCGGCGCGCCGGGAAUGCGCAGUUGGCCGCCAGCAGAAGGAUUUGGAAGAUCCGUCGGAGAAAGAGCGCAAGAGUCGGAGAGAGACGCUCCGUUUUGGAAACCGGGGGAGGCUUCCAGGUGGAUAACCCCCCAGAUCAGCGCGUUUCUGACCCAGGCGCCUCUCCCCGGGCUGAUCCCGGCGCACUUCCUGGAAAAAGAAGCUCCUUUCUCAGAUAUUUGUUCCGUUUCUGUAGAAACUACUUCGUGCCUGAAUACCUUCGGAACCUGCUGUGUCUGUCAAACCAGCUUGUUAAAGUGUGAGACAUGCCCGUAUAGAGAAGUGUGAUUGGUUGCUAGGCAAUGCACAUGUUCCUCUCUGGUGCCCUACAGUGGUAAACCCUUGAAGACCCAAGUCUUCGCACCUUGGAUAAGAGAGUUCAAAACCUGGUCUCUGUUUUUGUUUUUGCUGUUAAUCUUGAGGGACUCGCUACAAUUAAUAUUUAAGAAUCUUUGCUCUCAUGGACUUGUGAACCUAAAACGAAGGGCAUCUCCUCCUCCUCCUCCCUGUGUGAAGUAGCCUCCCAUUAAGUGUCAGCGGACAAAAUGGCCGCCUUGAAUUGGCCUUUCCAGACUGUUCUACAGCAGGGAGCAAACCCUGGCAUGAAAAUUGUGGGGACACCCCAAGCAAGGCCCCCAGAAGAGGAAAAUGUGAUUCCUCGUGUUGUCCAGGUGGGAACUAUUGGGGAGUUUCUAGGCUGUGUGGCGCCCCAAAAGGUGACUCAGGGACCCGAGGAAGCAUUGUCCCAGUGCUGGGAAACUCAGUGGCAGGAGGUCUUGAAGGCUGUGCAGCCCCUUACUUUUGGACAGGAAACCCAACAGCAGUUGAAAACUUUGGCAUGGGACAAUACAACAGCCUCAUCUGAGGUAAUCUCUGAUACUGGCCAGUGGGCUGGAGGAGAAGGAAGUACUCAGCUCCUAAUGGAGGAUGACAGAAACGCUCUGCAGACUUUGAGCAAUCCAGACAAUGGAGGUGAUGGGACGGGAAGGGAAGACACAAUGAGAAAGGAGGCCCUUGAUGCAGAGAUGCAGCGGCGACGCUUCCGGCAACUGAACUAUCGGGAGACUGAGGGACCCCGCAAGAUUUGUGGGCGACUCCAGGAGCUUUGCCACCGGUGGCUGAGGCCCGAGAGGCACACCAAGGAACAGAUCCUGGAGCUGGUCAUCCUGGAGCAGUUCCUGGCAAUUCUGCCUCAGGAUAUCCAGAGCUGGCUCCGGGACUGUUGCCCUCAGGCUUGUUCUCAUGCGGUAGUCCUAGUGGAGGAUUUCCUGAGGAGCCAGCAACAAGAGACCAAGAUGAUGGCACCUUGUGAGGAGGAUGUGAUUAUAGCCUCCUCUGACACAGAGUGGUCUCAACUGGGCUCUGGAGCAAGAUAUUUAUGUGGGGAAACUCAGCUGGAGGACAGGCAGGAUUCAAACUUAUCAGGGAAAGACAGAUGCCUGCAUGUUUAUCCCAUUUCACCAGGCGAGGGAACUCUGAAUGGGAAUAAUUUGAGUCCUUCUCAGCAGGGAAGUUCUGAGCUGCCGGUGCCAGUUGAGGUACUCUCAGGACAAUCUGGGUGGCUUGAAGGCCGUUGCGGGCCUCAGCAGGAUCACAGGACAGAGCCGCCUCUGACAUGGGAGGAAAUCACUCGCUGCAGUGAAGGGGUGUACGAAACCGAGGUGUGCUUGGAAGAGUACAAGCACUGGUGCCUUGAAUGCGGUGAAACCUUCCCAGACGCCUGGCAACUCGUUGAGCACCAGAAGACGCACCCGCGUCCCAAGCGCCCAGAGUGCCCAAAAUGCGGGAAGAGCUUCCGAGACCUUUCGCAUGUCAUUCGACACCAGACCGUACACACGGGAGAGAAGCCGUACAGCUGUCUCGAGUGUGGGCAAAGCUUCACCCAGAAACCAGCUCUCAGUAGACACCUGCAGAAACAUCAGGGAGGUUUUGAGAGCAACACUCCCCGCCAGAGGAGCCCCGCCACUGGCAAGUGCUCUCAGUGUCAGGAGUGCGGGAAGAGCUUCCGAGACUUUUCUCAUGUCCUCCGGCACCAGACGGUCCAUACGGGUGAGAAACCGCACAAGUGCACGGAGUGCGGGCAAGGGUUUACACAAAAACCAGCCCUCAACAGGCAUCUGCAAAAACAUCUGGAAUCCAAGCCCUAUACAGCAGGCAAUGGGGAACUGCGUGUGUGUCAAGAAAGCACUUGGUUUAAUCCAGUGGGAUCAGCACAGAGGCUGUCCGGAACAUUCCAAGAGAAUGCCUCCAGUACCUUUACAAGCAGUCAUGAAGCAGUGCCUCAGCCUAUGAAGAAAUUUCACAGGGACCUCAUGCCAAGGCCAGAAGGCAACAAACCCUUGAAAAAAAAACUGAACCGCCGGGGACAAAAGAACCACUGGUGUGUCACAUGCGGGAAAGGCUUUCGGGACAAAGCGGACGUAGUUCGGCACCAGCGAGUCCACACUGGUGAAAAACCCUUUGCGUGCCCAGACUGCAGGAGGCGGUUCAGCACCACCUCGUCGUUAUACAAGCAUCGGAUAAUCCACAGGCCACCCAACCUGGAGGCGGCCACUUCGUCCACGGGUGAAACGACCUUACAGAAGGUCCCGAUGAAAAUGGGUCAGGGAGCUGAGGGGCAGGUGUCUUUAACCCCUUGGGUGAAUGGGGAGAAACAUUAGGGGUAGCCAAGGGAUAAGCAGGUUCUUUGACGGUUGGACAUGCCCAUUCAAAACAGCUGGCAAAAUUUUUGUCUCCAGUUUAGUCUUCUGGAAAUAACACAGAUAAAGAUUCCUAAUUAUUGAAAAUAGUUUAUAUAAAUAUUAUUAUUAAAUUUAUUAUUAUUAUUACAGACAGUAGCACUUGAUAGGGGAGACCUUCACUUGAUUCCCCUCCCACUACAAAUCCCUUUCUUGUCUUGAAUAAACCCGUUUUGGUCACGAA